CCUUAAUUAAUUAUUAAAUAAGCAACUUUAUAAAACAAGAAAAAACAGAAAAUUUGUUUAAAAUGUUAUAAAAUAAAAAUACUUUUUAAAUAAGAAACUAUAAAUUAACUUAAAUUAACGGGAAUAAUGAGUAGGUAGUUGAUUAAAAAAAUUAAAAUGAUUUCAAUGAAGAUAAAUUAAUGGAUUUUAAUAAGAAAGAUUUAAAAACAGCUCUUUAAAAUAUUAAAUUGAAGUAAAAGAUUGGUAAUAUGAUUGAUAAGACAGCAGGAAGACGCUACUAAAAACUUAAAAAUGAAAAAUUUAAAAUGCUGAAUGACCUUUCUAUUGUAAUUUCUGAAGAUUCAUAAUCCAAGCAUUAAUCGGAUGAUUUCUCAGAGAAAAAAGAGGACAGUUUGAUUGAAAGAUUCAAUAAAAUAUUUCCUCCUUUCAAUCCAUCUUCUCGAAUAAAACUAGUCUGGGAUCUUACUUAAAUGAUUUAAAGUAUAUGCAUUAUUUUUAUUGUACCUAUUCAUCUUAUUUUUUAAGUCGAUCUUAUGCAACUAGUACCUUCUCUUUUGGUCUACUCUAUUAUUCCUUUAAGCUUAAUUAUUGAAAUAUUUGUAAAUUUAAACACUGCUUGCUUUUUAAAAGGUGUACUAAUUUUUAGUAGAAAAACAAUAUUCAUGUAAUAUUUUCACUCUGAUUUUAAGUAUGAUAUAAUAGCUAACAUCCCUCUCUUUAUUUAUUGCCUAAGUUACCAAACCAUUAAUCCUUCAUAGCCCUAUCAGGCUUACAGGUUUGUCAUACUUACUUGCUUCUGUAAGGUUCACUAAUUCAAUAAAGUAUUUAAGAGGGUUGAAGAAGAAUUUCCUUUGAGUGCUUUAACAAGCAAUAUAAUUUCUCUGGUUAAACUUCUUUUUAGUAUAGUUUUAAAUUUGCAUAUUUCCGCUCUAGCAUGGCUUAUAAUUGGAUUUAUUCAAAUUAAGAAUGGAAGCACUGAUACUUGGAUGGAUGCAGUAGAUAUUUCUCAUACUGAUUGGUAUGUACAGUAUAUAUAUUCAUAUUACUUUUCAACAGUAACGAUGAUCACUGUUGGGUACGGGGAUAUCUCUCCAAAGACAGUAGCAGAAAAGCUUCUAUGUAUUGUAAAUAUGAUGAUAGCAUGCGGUUAAUUUGCUUAUAGUGUAAAUUCUAUUGGGAAUAUUUUCGAACAAUUUUUUAAGUUAGACAAUGAAAUAAAAGCUAAUAUGUUUAUUAUUAAUAACUAUAUGACUAAUAAAACGAUUUCAAAAGACUUGCAGUAUUAAGUAAGAGAAUAUCUAGAAUACUAUUGGAAAGAAGAAAAGUCUAACAAUACUGAUUAAGAAUUAAAAAUUUUAGACUAGCUCUCACAUAAAUUAAAAGAUACACUUUUGAUGGAGGCAAAUAAAAUAGCUUUGAGAGAAAGCCCCAUUUUUAGCAACAAUUUUAGUGAUACAAUAGUGUAAAAAAUAUUACCUUUGAUUAAAGAAGUAAGAUGCACACCUGAAGAAAUUAUAUAUUUAAAAGGUGAUUAAGAUGAUUUAUCUAUAUACUUUAUUGAAAAAGGAUAAGUUGAGGCAUUCACUUACCAAAAAACACCUUUUAAUAAAAAGAUGAAAACUAUUAAUUCUCUAUAUACAGUAGGACCAGGUAAAUUUUUUGGUGAAAUUAGCUUUUUUACAGGCGAAAGUAGAGACAUCAACAUAAGAAGUCUAGAAUUUACUACUUUAUUAAAGAUCAAAAGAAGUGAUUUUCUUAAUCUUUUAAAAGAUUUUCCUGAUGACCAUGAAAUUUACUGUAUGCUCAGAGACUAAAUAUUUUACAGUAAGGAAAAGAAUUCUGUUAUGAGUAAAUGUUAGUGCUGUUAGCAAUACGAUCAUUAAUUAUAUCUUUGCCCUUUGAUUCAUUAUGUACCUUCAAAGUUUAAUAUUAUUAGGCAGUUUUCAACUGGAAGAGAUAAUUAAAGAUAAAUCUACAAAAGAAAGAAACCCUAAAAAAAGGACAGCACUUUAUCAAAAAAUUAUUAUUGUUAGGUAAGAAUGGAGGAUUUCGUUAACGAUAAUAUGGAAGAUAUAAGAGCUUAUUUUAGAAAAUAUUUUAUAGAAAUGGGAAAGUCUGAUAAUGAUGAAUCUGUGUCUUCCUCUGAUAUUGAUUUUGAAGAUGACGACUACGAUGAUGAUGAUGAAAACGAAACUGAAUGCCGUAGCAAUAGUAGAAAUGAUGAAAAAAAUAAAGAUUUUAAUAUUUAAGAAAAUGAGUUGGGUAAAUUUUUUGAAUAGAGAUCAACCAGAAAACACUUAUCAAUAAAGUCGGCCAAUGCAAAUAAAAAAUUUAAUUAAGAUAGCUAAAAUUAACAAAUUCAUUAAAAUAAUGAAUAGAAUUUGAUUUUAAACAUUGAAGAAAGUCUAGACAUUUCUGACUAUGAUAAAUAAGAAGAGAAUAUCAGACCUUCAAUUAGUAAUAACAUGAGUAAUAAUAUAGAUAACAACAUAAAUUAGAUAGAGAUUAAAAUAGAUAAGCCUCGCUGUUUUUCAAAUAUUGAAUUAGAAGAAUAUAUUUAAACUAAACAAGAUGAUUAAAAUAAAAAUUAAAUUGAGCAGCAGAUCAAGAUAAUAGUUCCAGCAUAAAGUACUAAUUAAAAAUAGCAGCUCAAUUCAAAAAUGACUAGAAGAUCAUUAUUAAACUAGCAAACUAAUUUAAGUGAUUAGAGGAGGCUUUCAUAAAAGAGAAAUUGUAGUAGCAUUUGGUCUCUUUAUAAAAAGCUACAAAAGUAAAAUGGGUAAAAAAACGAAUAAGCUAUAUCUGAAUAGUAAAAAGAUUAAAAAAAUGUUGACAUAAUUUCUAUGUUUCUUUAAAUUAUGAAUUAAAAUAAAAUUUAAUAUGCUCAUAAAACAGCUAAUAAUAGGAAGUAAAUACUUCCAAAUAAUAUGAAUCCUUCUAUUUUUUCAAACAAAGGAACAGAAUUUGAAAGUAUGCUAAUAAAUAAAAAUUAUCAAGCUAAUCAAAAUUAAUUAGAAGGAGAUAAAAGAAAUGAAUAAAUUGCUUAAUAAUAAUAAUACUAUAAUCAGCUAUUGAUAUAGAACUAGCUUAUAAGUUAAGAUUCAAUCGAUGACACUAUGAGAAAUUAUAAAUUUUACUAUCCUAAACACAACAUUAGUAAUAUUAUAGAAAACGUUAUAGAGAAGAAGAGGUAAAAAAGAGAAGAAGAAAAGAAAAAAUUGGAGGAAGAUUUUUAACAAAAAUUUAAAGACAAUGUAAUGAUAUAGAAAAGAGUUAGAACCAAUUAACUUAGAAUUAUUUAAAUAGCAAACAAGGGUAAAAAGAGCUCAAAACAAGCUUCUAAAGAAAAUAUUGGACUAGAAUAUUAUAACAAAAAACAGACUCUUACUAUUUUGUAAGAUGAAGCAUCUUCAUCCUCUUCUUCAAGCUCUAUUUCUUAAUAGGAGAAUCAAUAAGACCUCAGUUAAUUAGCAGACAAUUAAGUCACUUAAAAUGCUACUAAUAAUAUGUACGAUUAGAGUUCAACAGAAAAAAAUAAUCAAAAUGAGUUGAUGUUAAAUAAUUAGGAAAAAUUUAUUAAUGAAGCCAAAAAAACAUGUAUUUCCUUUAAUAAAUCUUAAGAAGAAAAUAUAGAAAAAGAAGGCACUAUUUAAUAAGUACAUUAAACUAAUGAUUUAAAUUUUAAUGUCUCUUUCUCUGCUUCUAACAAUUGUAUUAAUGAAGGCAAUGUAGGCUUUCAUGAAAAAAGUUAUACAAAUGAUAUUGUAGAUUAAAAUAAUAGUUUUAAUUUUAAUUAAUCUUCUAAUAGAUAAUAAUUAGAUUAAAGUAAUACGAAUUUUAUGACUGAGAGAGGUCAAAAGCAACAAUCUUCUUUUAUUUCAAAAAUCAACAUGAAAAAUAAUUUCUGAAAAUAAACCAAAGAAUGAAUGAAUGAUGAUAAACAUGCAUCACUACAAUUUUCUAUUAUUGUAAAGUAAAUAACUUAGAAUAAAUUCUUCUUAGUUAACUCUAAAUAAAUAAAAUAACUUUCAAAAAAUAACACAUAAAAAGCUAAAUAUUAAUUACAGUUAAUCCUCACUAAUUAAAGCUUGUUUAUAUUUAGACUUCUUUUUAAGAUUUAUGGAUUUCAGUUAUUUAUAUUAAAAAUAUUCAAAAUCUAAAACUGACAAGCAAAUAUGAAAAUUAUGGUAUAUCAUCAUUUAGAUUAAUUUGGUCUUCAAAUGUUGAAGGUUUACUUUAUUUAAAUGAUUUUUAGCUAAGAUAAUAUCCUUAUACGACCUAAUAUUUACAACAACAAAUCAAAUGCCUUCAUACAAUUAACUGUUU